UCCUUCUCGUUGCAUAGAAAUCUUCGCCGGUUCAAAUUUUCAGCCCAUAGUUUAGUAACGUAAGACUGUACCCUACCAUACUCAAAAGCUGCAGUGAAUUCCAUGGCUAUAUACUCUAGAGCUUCACUCAACUCCCCCUCUCAGUUACGCUCACCUACACCAAUCUCCCUCACAGCCCAAUCACCAACCAGCUUUCAUAGAACAAUCAGAUUGCAGCGCAAAGAUCCCAGGUUUUCAAUUAGGGUUUCAAUUGAAGAUGACAAUAACUGUGUAGACGAUAACAAGCACUCGUCUUUGGCUGAGCUUGCUUCUCGCGAUUCCAGAACUCAUCCAAGACCUUUAUCAACAAGUGAUCUGUCGAAAUCAAUCAGGGACCGGUCUAGACUUCGAGUUGCAUACCAGGGAGUUAGUGGUGCAUACAGCGAAUCUGCAGCUCAGAAAGCAUACCCUGAUUGUGAAGCUGUUCCUUGCGAACAGUUUGACGUUGCCUUUCAGGCUGUGGAGCAAUGGGUUGUAGACAGGGCUGUUUUGCCUAUUGAGAACUCCCUUGGGGGAAGCAUCCAUCGAAAUUAUGACCUAUUGCUUCGACAUAGGUUACACAUUGUUGGGGAGGUGAAAUUUGCAGUUCGGCAUUGCUUGUUAGCCAAUCAUGGUGUGCAAGUGGAAGAUCUUAAAAGGGUUCUCAGCCAUCCACAGGCUCUUGCUCAGUGUGAACUUACAUUAACAAAGUUGGGUGUGGUUAGAGAAGCCGUUGAUGACACAGCUGGUGCUGCACAGUAUGUUUCUUUGCAUAAACUUAAAGACACGGGUGCAGUUGCUAGUUUGGGUGCAGCAAAGAUCUACGACAUGAAUGUUCUCGCGAAAGAUAUUCAGGAUGAUUCAGAUAACAUUACUCGUUUUCUGAUACUGGCAAGAGAACCAAUUAUCCCAGGCACUGAUAGGCCAUUUAAGACAAGCAUUGUAUUUUCCCUGGAGGAAGGGCCAGGAGUGCUUUUUAAGGCUCUAGCUGUUUUUGCUAUGAGAAAUAUCAAUCUUACAAAGAUCGAAAGUCGUCCACGGCGUUGGCAGCCUCUUCGACAAGCUGUUGAUAGCAAUAAUGGGUCAUUAAAGUACUUUGAUUACCUCUUUUAUGUUGAUUUUGAAGCUUCGAUGGCAGACCCCAAUUCCCAAAAUGCCCUCAAGCAUUUGAAGGAGUUUGCAACUUUCUUGAGGGUGCUGGGAAGUUAUCCGAUGGACACUGACUAGCUUGACAUGAGUACAUUGCCUAUGCUCAGGGUUUAUAUAUGGACUGUCGGUGCAAUAGUGUCAAAAAGAGGAUACUGGAACUCUAAAUUUUGAAAUCGGUGGAAGAUGCACAUAUUUUUAAUUUUCUUCAGUAGUAUAGAAGAGCCUCGCUAUUUUGCUUUACAUGUGCAAGUGACCAUCCUCCUCACCAGUGUGGUGGACUCGGGGUUUUUGGAUGUUGGAUUUUACUCUUUUCAGCAAUAUUUACGAUGUCUUUAAAUAGUUAGUGGUUUAUGGGUUGCAUUAUUUUGUCUAGUGGGUUCAUUCUUGAGGGUACAGUAUAUGGAGGUACUGGAUAUUUUUUUUUGGUCAAGGGAACAUAUCUUGCCCCCAUUUUGUUUUGUUAAUGCACUUAUCAUCAUUGCCUCAUUGGAGCUGCAAGAAUUUUUGAUAUAUAACAUUUUGCAAGAAUUUUAUGAUGUAUAUAAUGCAAAUUUUGUGGCA